AUGGAGGAGCUGAAGGAUGGACUGAUUUUUGACUACUCCAGUGGCAUAAACAGGAAGCAAGUAGUGAUGCUGCUCACUAUCCUAAUCCAGUGUGCUAGCCAUCUCUACUUUGCAACCCAAAAACUAGGCCCAUUUUGCAAUCACUUUGACCUUGGAAAACAGAUGAGAGCACACAUCAACUUCUUCAUCACAAAUGAAGACAGUGACACCUCACAAAUUCUAGACCUCAAGAUUGAGGGCAACAAGCCCAGCACCUUGACCAAUACAGGCAAUGUGCCUUACUAUCAUGCUGCAGAUAUUGGCCAACAUGACAUUCAAGAUGCUACACUGUCAGGCAGCAAGGCACAACAUACUGAGACAUCCAAGAAACCUCUGCAUGGCCAAGAAGCAACACCCAAUAAACCUCUCUGCAGCCAAGAAGCCACACCCACCACAAUGCUGAAGCUGACCCAGCUGACAAACCAUCACCUCAAGGUGUUGACCAGCCUAAGCAACAAAUUAAGAUGGGUCAAAAAAGAGCUACUCAACCCCAAAAGAGUUUUGGUUCAUGCAUGGCAAUGA